AUGGCAGAGAACGAGGGAAACAAGGAACUGGUCACGAAGUUAGGUGUAACAACAGCAGAUGGCGCGAAGUUUAAUAAAAAUACCGAUAUCGAUAGAGACAAGACUGACAAAACUGAAACAACUGAAAAUAAACUAGAAAAGACAGACGAGACGAAAAAACGGGGUAGAGGGAGACCACCAAAAGAAGAAAAACUAAUUGUUACUCUUUCAGGAAUUCAAAUCGAUGAUUCUCCAGUGACAAAUGCGUUCGCCGGCGACCAGGCGGCCCUGCUCCUCGCAGGCGUCGACCACCAAAAUAUUGGAAUCGGAGACAUUAUCUGCAGUCUCCAGAAUCCAGUACCAGUGACCUCCUGUUUUCAGGCCCACAUUGUCAUAUUCAAUAUCAAGAAUCCCAUCACCAGGGGUCUGCCGAUCGUGAUACACCAGCAGUCGCUGAUGGAGCCCGCCGUGAUCACAAAAUUAAUAGCUCAGCUGCACAGAAGCACGGGGGAGGAGGUGAAGAAAAAGCCUCGCUGUUUGUCGAAAAAUUCGAGUGCCAUUGUCGAAAUCACGACGCAGAAACCCAUUUGCAUGGAAUUGUACAGGGAUGUGAAAGAGCUCGGGAGGGUUAUGUUGCGCGUAGAGGGCACCACGAUCGCGGCCGGCCUUGUCACCAAAAUCAAGUGAUGUAAUCAAUUGAUUAAUAAAUUAAUCAAUAAAUAAACAACGAGUCAACGAAAAA